AGUUUUUGGGCGGUCACCGUAAAAAAAAAAAAAUUCCUGGACGUUAGUUGCUCUUUUCUUCUCUGUUUAUAGCCCGCUGCCGUUCACAGCCUAAGGCAUAAACAACUUUGCUAGCUGAGUGCAACAAUGCAGACAAUUAAAUGUGUAGUAGUUGGUGAUGGUGCUGUGGGGAAAACCUGCCUCUUGAUUUCAUACACCACAAACAAGUUCCCUUCGGAGUACGUACCAACAGUGUUUGAUAACUAUGCUGUAACUGUAAUGAUUGGCGGUGAACCUUACACUCUUGGAUUAUUUGACACUGCAGGUCAGGAAGAUUACGAUCGAUUGCGACCCCUGAGCUAUCCCCAAACUGAUGUCUUCUUAGUUUGUUUCUCAGUAGUUUCACCAUCAUCUUUUGAAAAUGUCAAGGAAAAAUGGGUGCCUGAGAUUACCCAUCACUGUCCAAAGACCCCGUUCCUGUUGGUUGGAACUCAAAUUGACUUACGAGAUGAUCCCUCAACCACUGAGAAGCUUGCCAAGAACAAGCAGAAGCCUAUUACUCCAGAGACAGCCGAGAAACUCUCCAGGGAUUUAAAAGCGGUGAAAUAUGUGGAAUGUUCGGCUUUAACACAAAAAGGGCUAAAGAAUGUGUUCGAUGAGGCCAUACUUGCUGCGCUGGAGCCCCCGGAGCCCAAGAAGAAGCCUAAAUGUGUUCUUUUAUGAGUUUAACCUUGCCAUCGGUCCUUUCAGUCAGAAACCAUCUAUGACAAUUAUCUAGCCACAUCUGAAUCAGUUUUGGUUAAUGUUCAGGAAAGGACUAACUAGAGCAAAUAUUAUGCUUAAUUAUUAUUAUUAUUUUUUUUAAUUUUGCCUUGAAUUAUUAUGCCAUCUGAAUUAAGCAAAAUGAAUAGAAUAAGCAUAAGGUAAGAGUCAGAAUUUUGCCUCCAAGGUUAUCUUAAUUUGUAUUGUAUUUCAUUAGUAUAUUCUUCUCAAAUAGGAUUAACAAGACACAAUUAAGGUUAAAGAAGACUUUUAAAUUCAGUUAUUUAUUCACGCUCAAUAUUGUGACGAUAUUAACCUGUUUAGUUCACUGAAAUAGAUACACAAAAGAGAAAUAAGAGAAAUGAAUGAAUUUCAGCUGUUGAAAUGGUGUUAUUUUGUACAAGUCAUUUAUCUGUAAAAUAUUAGGCUUUCUUAGGUCUCCAGAAAACCUGGACAGUGUUAUUGUAUAUGAUUACAUUUAGAGGCAUAGUUGAUCUAUGAGAGCAUCCUGAACUGUUGGCUGUGCUGCAGCUCUAACUGCCUGAUCCUACAAGUGGCUCAAUAAGUUCAAAAUACAAGCAACCGGUGAACCAAAGCUCAUUUUGUUUCUAAAAUCCAUUCGCUUUCAAUGUCAACAGUAAACCCAAGUUAAAUUAACUAAGCCACUGCUACAGUUUUGUUUACUUUCCCCCCGAUUCUUGUAAUUCGUUCAAAAAAAUGUAAAUAAUUUGACAGGUGUGUGUGUGUGUGUGUGUGUGUGUGAGAGAGAGAGAGAGAUACACAAAGCAAAAUCUUCAUUCCAGUUUUCCUUUCCAAAAACAUUUACAUAUCAAGAUGAGUAUGAUGCUGGCAGAUUAUACUUGGAUCCAUUGCUGAAUAGGUUGUACUUUUCACCUUGUAUAUUUAUUGUAAUAAAUCGUGAAUUUAAUCUCUCAACAA